UUCGAUGGGUGAUCAGUGAACAAGACUGACGAUGUAAAGUAAUGCAGUGAUGGUCCAUGCCUGGCACGCUCACCAGCCAACAAGCUGUCAGCAAUCAGACACUCCUCCUUCCUCUUCGUCAUCGUUACUCGCCAUCGUCUCUUUCUUCUCCUCAAAUAGACUGGGCUCCUUCCCAAAGCACUGACUCGUACCCAGUCACCUCAUCCUCGUACCUCUUUGACUGCUGCCUUCUGACUUCUUUUCCCUCUCUCGUCUUUCUUCUCAACCACUCUCACGUCCCUCGACAGCAUCUACUCUUCCUACUUGACACUGCACACCUCUUGAACUUGGUCUCUGCAUCACCUCUCUACUCAUCGUCAGCAUGAUUGUGCAUCCAGACAUGCUCAAGUCGGUGACUCCCACCUCCUCGGUGGCUCCAAUUCCCACCAUCAUCCCAAACCCUGUCAUCACGGUCGAGGCUGGUGACAUGGGCAGGAGAACUCUCUGGGUUGUUGUCGUCCUUAUGGGCCUCUCUUCUCUUGCCUUCUAUGGCAUGGCUUUCCGUGUGCCUGUGCAAAAACGUCUCUUCCACAUCCUCACUGCCUUCAUUACCACCUUUGCAUUCAUCUCCUACUUUGCCAUGGCUACUGGUGACGGCGUGAGCUACAAUACCUACACUGAGACCAUCCACCACAAGAAGGUUCCAAACACAUACCAGGACUACAGGAGAGAGAUCUAUUAUGCACGCUACAUUGACUGGGCUAUCACCACCCCACUUCUCUUGCUCGACUUGUGUCUUCUUGCCGGUCUGAGUGGUGCCAACAUCUUGGUUGCAGUUGUUGCCGAUGUCAUCAUGAUCUUGACAGGAUUGUUUGCUUCUUUCGGCAGCAAGAGCAGCCAAACCUGGGGAUGGUAUGCUUGGGCUUGCAUUGCCUACCUGGUGGUCGUCUACCAAUUGGCUUUCAAUGGCCGCACAGCCGUUGCCAACAAGGACAGCAAGACCAAGGCCUUCUACGCUUCUAUUGCUGGUUUCACCCUUAUCUUGUGGACCAUCUAUCCAAUAGUUUGGGGUCUGUCCGAGGGCGGCCAUGUCAUCAACGUCAACCAGGAGAUCAUCGCCUAUGCUGUGCUAGAUAUCCUCGCCAAACCAGUCUUUGGUUUCUGGCUCUUGUUCACUCAUGAUAGCAUGUCGAGCACCUCUCCAUCUCUUGAAGGUUUCUGGUCUCAAGGCUUUGGCAGUCAGGGAACUCUCCGAGUGGGUGAUGAUGACGAAGCAUAAAUGCAUCUACUGAUCUUGUUCAGGUUGGUGAUGACGACUAAAUUGUUCAUACCACUCGUGGUUUCAAUGACUGUGGACCAGAAGAUCGAUGGGGUUGAAAUGUCAGCAAAUGGAGAAGAGCGAGGGAGAGUGGAGAUGACAGGUGUGAACUGUGUGGUAGUAAUGAGGAACAACUCAUGACAGCGACGAUAUGCUCAUGGUACAGGCACAAUGGCUUUUUACUUCCAUCAUGAUUAGGAGACUUGUGAGGAGAAGGUCCAGCAUUCUGGAGUCUGUGGGCUUUCUGAAGGCUCGCAAGGCUCAGCCAACUAAUUGUACAUUAGCAUCCUUUCCUUAAGGCAUAUCCAGAAUCGGCGUCAAGGUUGUUUGACCCAAAUAUUAUGAUUAGCGAACUGGAAGCAUGCACCAUGUUAACUGUGCAGACCAAACCUUUUCUAUUUAAUAUUCUGCUGACUCUAGGUCGUACGUGGUACUGUUAUAUUCUGGGUUUACAAUGUAAGUGUGGACGAAAUCGCGAAGCAUAUCUGGAGCGACACAGUCUCAAG